AUGAUCGGACGCGCACAAGCUGUGGCGGCCACAAGUCUGUGGAUUCUGGCUGCUAUAACGCACGCCGUGCCCAUCGACAUGGCUGCCGCCAGCGCACUACAUGCACUGUCGGAAGCUGGGGCCAGCCCCAUCAUUUCGGUCGACCCCAUGCUACAGAUUGACACUGCCAUCGUAUCCACCCUUCCCGAAUAUGCCGACUGGCCGCUCCUGCACAAGCAACUCGAUCAGACAAUGGGUCAGCUUCUUGAGGCUGGCGUCGUCUCGCUGCGCGACAGCGCCGGCGAGGUUGUGGUUUUGGACUCGAUCGAUGAAACCGUCGCAACUGUGGACAGUCUGCUGACAGCUGGCUACUCGCUCGUGAUUAAACCUGAACAAGACCCCUCCUUGUCCUCAUCCAUGCACGCCUUUACCGUCAGCAACGACAUUUCUCGGCAGAUUCAAGACCAUCUGGGAGUGGUCAUCUCAGACCACUUUUACAUCUCACCGCCCAGCCAGCGCGCCCUGAGCCCGCAUACCGAUGGUGGUGAUGUCUUUGUGCACCAGUGGGCCGGCAGCAAGCUCUGGACCCUCUGCGCGCCCAAGGCGCCCGACUGCACGAACUGUACCUUUGCAGAUCGUGCUCUCCGUGCUGAACUGGCCAAGUCGGCCUUUGAAGGUUGCACCUCCUACACCGACGAACAGCUUGCUGGUAUGGAAUGUCGCACCUUGGAUUUGCAGGAGAAUGAGCUGCUCUACAUUCCACGCGGCGUCGUCCAUUUUGCCCGAGCCAACACGACCGGCCUUAGUGCCCACGCCACCUAUCAAGUUAUACCGCCCUCCGCCACUUGGAUUGAUUUGGUGGUCGACGAGUGCAGCCGCACAGCGACCACGCGAGCUUGCAACGAGCUGAAGGAGCAGCUUCUUCGAGCCGACCUGGGGUUCCGGUGGCUCAAUUUUCGCUUCAAAGACGUGCACGUGGCGCCCGUUCUGCCCAACCAACUCACUGCAUCAGAAUACACGCUCCCCUCCACGCGCCUUGCCGAACUCAUCGCCCGACCAGCCUCCAAUGACGACUCCAUAACGCGCAAAAUUACGCUUACAGUGGCGAAGGAUGCGGCAGCUGCACACGCUAUUGCGACGCCGGCUGGCACCUGCGGUAAAGGCACCUAUCACAAAACAGUGAAAUGUGUGAGCUGUGAGAGUGGCAAAUACCAAGAUAGCUCCUCGCAUCUUUCCACUUCAUGCAAGUCAAAGACCUAUUGUUCCGCAGGCACCUAUGACGCCAAUGGCGGCAGCAAUUCAGCAAACACCAAUUGUCGUACUUGCCCGUCAAGCUCGUAUCAAGAUGCUUCAAACCACUUGUCAACUUCUUGCAAGCCAAAGAGGAGCUCGUGCUCCAUUGGAUACUACAUCUCAAGCGAUGGUGGGACCACAAAAAAUCGCGUAUGCUCCAAGUGCGCCAAAGGCACUUGGAUGGAUAUCAAGGAUAACACAGCCCGGCAGUGCUAUCCAAAAUCCGUCGUGUGUUCCCCUGGGCAGGAGGUAUCAAAUCCGAACGACAACAAAGCUGAUAAUAUCUGUGUCGCCUGCAGCCGAGAUUCAUAUCAGCCCAGCCAGGGCUUGAAUGUUCAGUGCGCACGAAAAGUUAACACCUGCGGAGUCGGCGAGUAUGCAAACAACGCAGACUCAUUGGUUUCGGACUAUAAUUGCAGUCGCUGCCCUCCCGGCACCAUACGGCCGGAGAGCUCGCAUCAUUUCUCGAAAUGUUACGACGUGACGCCACCGGAGUUGACACUCGUCGCCAACGCCAUCUUGCAAUUUGAGGCCCAGACCGAUACUUUUGCCUAUCCCACUGUGACAGCCACAGAUACAACCGGCGAAACAAUUACCGUCACGCACACGAACAAUGUCCAUCCAGACACACCCAACUCGUAUGAUGUGACCUACUCUGGCAAGGACAGUUCAGGGAACGUAGGGACUUUGGUUGUUCAAAUUACCAUUUUUGCAGCCCGAGUGCCCGUCAUCGUGCUUCUUGGCCCCAUUGUCAUGCCACACGAAGUGCACACCCCGUUCGUCGACCCCAUGGGCUACGUCAUUGAUGAGGGCGAACCCGGCAACCUCAACGAUACUCUCAUCAGCAAUACAAGUGCCCUGGACAUUCACACCUUUGGUUCCUACCUCGUCAUGUACUUCAUGCGCACUCCCGAUUCCCAAGGUCUAUCGGCCCCCCCUGUUUGGCGCACCGUCAACGUCGUUGAUACGACCCCUCCC